UCCUACUACACUGGUCACAAUGGCGCAGUCCGGGUAUUCGAAUCCGUUGAAGAAAUUCAAACUUGUGUUUCUGGGGGAGCAAAGCGUCGGCAAGACAUCCCUAAUUACACGCUUCAUGUACGACUCCUUCGACAACACAUACCAAGCCACCAUCGGCAUAGACUUUCUCUCAAAGACAAUGUACCUCGAAGACCGCACCGUCCGCCUCCAACUCUGGGACACCGCCGGCCAAGAGCGCUUCCGAUCGCUCAUCCCCUCCUACAUCCGCGACUCGUCCGUCGCCGUCGUCGUCUACGACAUCACCAACAGGAAGACGUUCGAGAACACGCGCAAGUGGGUCGACGAUGUGCGAGGCGAGCGCGGCAACGACGUCAUCAUCGUGCUCGUGGGGAACAAGACGGAUCUGAAUGAUAAGAGGGAGGUUACGACGCAGCAGGGCGAGGAGGAGGCCAAGAAGAACAAUCUCAUGUUCAUUGAGACGAGUGCCAAGGUGGGGCAUAAUGUUAAGACGUUGUUUAAGAGGAUUGCGCAGGCGUUGCCGGGGAUGGAGGGGGAGACGCAGCAGGGGCAGAGUCAGAUGAUCGAUGUCAACAUCAAUCCCAGCCAGCCGCAAGAGCAGAACUCGUGCUCAUGCUAGGACGUUUAGAGAAGUUCAAUAUGUUUCUACACUUUCAAGCAGUCUUAGAGUUUCUAUUGUAAUUACUUGGAAAACGUUUGCGUCUUGGAGGUGGACCGUCAUUGUGAGCAAGGCGUUUUGGGGGGCAUGGAUACAAUGAGGAUAUCUGGGAAGCAUGGAGAUAAACGACCGACUUCAGUAGAAAACCAUGUGAGCCAUAAUUUGUAGUAUAACCACGGUUUUUUGCGUAGUUGGCCACGAACGGUACCUAUAGGCACAUCCUUAGAUCGUACCACGCAUCACCUUCUUUGUAUGAGCGAUGUUUUUCCGUAUCAAUAAACUCAAUAUAG